AACCUACUUUGAUUGAAAUUUUUCAGGGGCCAUCUAAUGAUGAUAAACAAGUGUGCAAAGUUUCAUUUCAAAGCUGUAGUUAUAGUUUUAUAGUUUUUGCGAAAGAGUGGACAUAAACAUUUUAACCAAGAAACUCAUAUUUUCUAAGUACAAAAAGGGCCAUAAUUCUGAAAAAAUGCAUAUCAGAGUUAUGGUUCUUGGCAUAGAUAGUCACCUAAUGAUGAUAAACAAGUGUGCAAAGGUUCAAAGUUGUAGCUCUCAUAGUAUAGUUUUUGAGCAAAGGUGGACCUAAACAAAAAAGUUAUCCGACGCCGACGCCGAUAACGACGCCGACGAUCAAGUGACGACAAUACCUCGUACAUUUUUUUUAAAAUCAGACGAGCUAAAAAUUGUAGAACUUCUCUUACUCUUGAAAUAAUGCGUAAAUACUUAUAUUCCAGAAUCCUCUGACGGCGGUGGGGGAGGCCUUAUCUGUGAGGUAGGGGACCGGAUGGGCUGCGGAUUAAUCUUUAUGGAUUCUAUUGAAAUGGACCACCGGACAGCCCCACAGCUCGUAUUGGUAUACUUUACUAAAAUGGCCGAGUUAUUUACAUGAAACCCAGGCGUCUCCCUCCAGGAGGCUUUUACCCAACGGUCGGACUUUUUGCGACGAGCGACAGAGUUCGAGUCAGAAACCCGGGCGAGUCCCCGACAGUUCCACCAGAAGCUAGACAUCUGCUGAAAAAGUGGGCUCCAGUGUAUAGAGAUUUCAUUUUUGACGAAACAAUUACUUUCGAUAAUUAUGAAAGACUUGGUUCAACAGCAAGGAUAUCCGUGAAAGACUUUCGAAAAAAAUCAUAUAUUCACUGUAUUUCAAAUAGAGCAUCCGAGUAUUUUUUCACAUUUGAGAUUAUAGAUUUUGGAGAAGAAGGUGAGAUUCAUGUCUCUCCUUCCUACAAAGUAAGUGAUACGGAAAUGUCACGUGAUACACCACAGUCACUAUGCUUUUCCAGAAAAACGGACCUUGCGGAAAUAGGUAACAAAGUGUUUAUAAUCAUGUUCACAAGUAAAGAAAGUAAUCUUACUGUAGCGACUGUAGUUGAUGGGAAAAUUAAAUCGGUCAUUCCUCUACAAGAAGGAAAUGAAUUCGCACCAUGCAUAUACUUUCACAGAGGUCCAAUAGUUUUAGAUGUCACGUGACCUGGAAACCCCGUGCUUGAUGAAAUGAAAAAUCGAAUGUACAAGGAUGCAAAUUUACCUGAUCAGAUAGCAGUGUAUCAGGAAGACUUUGCAGCAGGUGAGAAGGGGAAAAAGAGUUAAAGUAGCAAUACUAUACAGGCAUUAAUGGAAGACUUAAGGAUGGUGCCUGCGCCUGUACUUUAUGAACCACAGACACAGUCCUGAAUUAUUCAAUACAGAUCAACAGGAAAACGAUCAGUUUGAAUUCAAGUUGACGAAAAACAAAAGUCUUAUAGUGUGUUCUUUAAAUUGUAAACACGAACUGAAAAGCAUAUUUGAAGACUAGAAAUAAGGCUGCUGGACGGUUUUGGGUUCGACUUAUUGGGAGUUCGAGUUAACAGAGUUCUGGUACUGAGUUUCGACUGUAUAAUAACUAGACAUCUUCAGGUUGUCAUGGAAUGGUGUUCCUAACGGUAAACGGUAAACUUCUAGGAAAACAACAUCAGCGUCACAAGUCAUGUAUGUCAAAGUUUGUGACAAGUUCUGAUAAAAUUUCGAAGUCGGAUAUCUAAGAUAUUUUUCACUGGUUGCACAAGUCAGAUUGAUCAAAUUAUAUUAGGUUACAUCCGGCGUUCACUUGGUGAAAUAUAUUUCGCUGGACUGUGUAACAAACGGGACCCGCGUGGAGAACUGAAAUAUGAAUGUUCCGUGCAUGGGAAAAUACGAUUAUGGAGGAGUAGUUUUUGUUUUUUUUGUUGUUUUUUUGUAAUUACUUUCCUCUCAUACUUGGUAAAAAAUAUAAAUGCUGAGAUUUAGGGGAUGUAAACAAGCAGAUACAUGUAAUUAUCAUUAUUUUCAGAAGCUUGAUUUACGUUCUUCGAAAUCGUUUUGGCUGUCACAUUGACUAUAAUCUCAUCCUGAAUGAAUUGUCAAAAUUUGACAAGAGAGCUAGCCUGGGAAGCCGUUGAUAAUAUUUCGUGCUUUGUACCUAAUAUCUAUGCAUUAAAGAUCCCACUUAAUUGCGCUAAUUAGUGUUAAGUUUCUGAUAUUAUCAACUUGCAGGUAGAAAAAAGUUAGAAAUUGUCAGACUGGAUUCCCAGGCUACAAGAGAGCGUUUACACAUGUUUAUUACAUGAGACGAAGUUGUCGAACAUUGUGAAUUUUCGCCCAAAUGCGGUGGAAAUUGUAAUGCAUGAUUAACCAAUUACAGAAAGACGAAAUUGUGUAGUGCAUAGUAAAACGAAACGAUAAAAGAAUUUUAAAGUAAACUUAUUUUGUUUAUCAUCUCUUAUAAUGGGUAUCUACAUGAUCAAGAAAUAACCAUAUUUUAAUGAUUUCAUUUCAUCGACCUCGAGGCCUCAUGAAUUGUAUUAUGUCCCUACUGAGCAAGCGGCUCUGGGUAUAUAUGAGCUUUGUACAGAGGUUUGUUAGUAGGCGAGCUCUUUCGUUGACCGUUUGGGAGGCAGAGUUCGAAAUAUAUACGGUCAGAAAUCAAGUCAUAUACUGUUAUUCAAUAUGCAGCAUUUAUGGCGGGAAAAUAGCACUAGAGCGAGUGUUCAAGAUGUACACAUACGCCAUGCGGAAAAUUGUUUGAACUGCUAGCUACACGUACG